CUAACAUUCGGUCUUAAUCGUCAUCUUCUUCACCCUUGCAUUGAAGUCGAAAGGGUUUUAUUAGCUUUUAGGUUUUUUUUUUAUAAAUUAAGCGAAUCAGUGUUUAAUUGACUGGUUUUGGUGGGAUGGAGGGAGCGAGCAACGGAGGGAUCUUGUACCAUGAGGUACAAGAAUCUAAUCUUUGCGCCGUCCACUGCAUCAACAAGGUGUUGCAAGGACCUUUCUUCUCCGAAUUCGAUUUAGCGGCGUUGGCCUCCGAUCUUGACAUCAAGGAGCGCCAGAUGAUGUUCCAAGGAACCGCCGCCGCCUCAUCUGGCGGUUUCCUCUCCGAGGAAUCUCACAAUGUCUCCCUCGGCGGCGAUUUUAGCGUCCAGGUUCUGCAAAAGGCUUUAGAAGUCUGGGAUUUGCAAGUUAUUCCCCUCGACUGCCCAGUUGCUGAGUCGGCCCAAAUUGACCCCGAGCUGGAAAAUGCAAUCAUUUGUCAUCUGAAUGACCAUUGGUUUUGUAUCAGAAAAGUCAAUGGAGAAUGGUAUAAUUUCAACAGCCUUUAUACAGCUCCAGAGCAGUUCUCUAGGUUUUAUCUCUCAGCCUAUCUUGACUCACUAAAAGGAUCUGGGUGGAGCAAUUUUCCGGUGAGGGGAAACUUCACGAAAGAAUUCCCCAUUUCUUCCUCUGAAGCUUUUAACGGUUACGGGCAGUGGCUGUACCAUGAGGAUGCCGAGAGGAUAACUAAAUCAUGCAAAUCGAUAGAGUCUCCACGCCAGAGAAACAAUACAACCCAACAGCAUACCGAUUUGCAAAUGCUUUCGGAUAUGGAAGAUGAGGACGUGAAGGCUGCAAUCGCUGCCAGUCUGAUGGAUUCGUUCCCCGCCACAGCUAGUGUUGAGGCUGGCAAUCCUAAAACUGAAAAUGAAAAUAAAGAUGGCCAGGAAAAGACUGCUAAUGGAGAAAACUCUCUUUGACAUAUAUUUACCGGGCAAUCUACAAUGGUUCAUGCCAGGUUUAGAUUAUUUGAGCAAAACAUAUUUGCCUAGAGGUUGUUGGCACUGUGCUGUAUACACAUUUAUUUUACAUUUUCUGGUCAGAAUUUAACUUUCGUUUCUGAGAUA